UUUUCCUGCUUCUCCCCCUUCCGUGAUCUGUACCACCACACCUCGUACCUUUCUCACCCCUUUCUCCUCUUUUUGUUAUCUUGUCGUCGAGAGUUGAGGUGAGAGAUAAUAAACAAGCCGACUGUGACCAGCUUCUCUACAGAUUAAUAGCCAUCGACCCCACCCUCGCCUAUACUGCUCCUCUUUCCCUUCGCGUCCGCUUUCUCUCAAUCAUCGCUAUUUUAUUGGUAGUCAGUCCAGCAAAGCCAAACGUCAGGAACCAACUUCGCCCUCAUCGUGCAGCUAUAUCUCGGCUAGUAAUAGCACUUAUACGCCGGAGAUCAUUUCUAGUCAAAGACACCGGACCGAAGUCAAUUGCGAAAAACUCGGCAAUCGAGCCCAUCUACUUGACCAGCGAAGCAAUCAACUUGCGCCGCUCGAGACUCCUUUGUUCCUAGAUCGCAUCACACCUCCAAGCCAUUGGCGACCGACUAGCUAAACAUUGUUCUCGGCUCACACGCAGAGAAACCUUUGUGUCUCACCCGAGGCCGUAGUUACACGACAGGUGGAAGUCUGGUCAGUCACAACAAGCCAUGACGCAGGCCAUUGCGAACGGCCGGAACGGCCAGAACGGCUACCAUGUGGACACCGAACCCGAAAGUUCUAGCAUCAGUGCCAGCAGCAGCAACGCCAGCGAAUACGGCGUCGAAGGCACAAACGGGAUCACCAACGGCACAGGAAACCUCACGCUCAACGGGAAUGGGAACGGGAAUAUCAGAGAUCGCAUGCAACGCAAAAAGUCCAGCCCAAUGAUGCCUAGUUUUAUGGUUUCGGCGCCGGGAAAGGUGAUUGUGUUUGGUGAACAUGCGGUUGUGCACGGCAAGGCGGCGAUCGCGGCUUCAAUCGCUUUGCGCUCUUACCUCCUCGUAACAUCGCUCUCCAAGUCGAGAAAGACUGUCACACUCAAGUUCCCAGAUAUCGACUUUGACCACUCGUGGAGGAUUGACGAACUGCCCUGGGCCAUCUUCCAGCAGCCGUCGAAAAAGAAGUACUACUACAGUCUCGUCACCGAAAUUGACCAGGAGCUCGUCGCCGCCAUCCAGCCAUACCUCGCCGAUGUCUCGCCGGAUAAGCCGGCGGAUGUUCGCAAAGUUCACCAGAACUCGGCCGGUUCUUUCUUGUACAUGUUCUUGUCCCUUGGAUCACCGUCGUUCCCCGCCUGCCAGUACACAUUGCGCUCCACGAUUCCAAUAGGCGCAGGACUCGGAAGCAGCGCCACUAUUGCUGUGUGUCUCUCGGCAGCCCUGUUGCUUCAGCUUAGGACACUUUCUGGGCCCCAUCCGGAUCAACCGCCUGAUGAGGCCCGCAUGCAGAUUGAGCGCAUCAACCGAUGGGCGUAUGUCUACGAGAUGUUCAUCCACGGCAACCCCUCCGGUGUGGACAACACCGUCUCCACACAGGGCAAGGCCGUCAUGUUCCAGAGAACGGAUUACAGCAAGGCACCUGAUGUAAAACCACUUUGGGAUUUCCCCGAGUUGCCACUCCUUUUGGUCGACACCAGGACGCCAAAAUCCACGGCGCAUGAGGUGGCCAAGGUGGGGAGGUUGAAGGACACUCACCCGAAGCUUGUUGGCAGCAUUCUCGAUGCCAUUGACAAGGUCACGCAAACAUCGGCUGAGCUCAUUGCUGAGGACGAUUUCUCUACGGAGAAGGAGGACAGCCUUCGCCGUGUGGGCGAGCUGAUGAACAUCAACCACGGUUUGCUGGUCUCACUUGGCGUCUCACACCCCAGACUCGAACGUGUCCGCGAGCUGGUAGACCACCAAGGGAUAGGCUGGACGAAACUAACCGGUGCCGGUGGUGGUGGUUGCUCGAUUACUCUCCUAAAACCCGGGGUUCCUAGAGAGAAACUUGCUAGGUUGGAGGAGCAGCUUGACGAGGAGGGCUACCAAAGAUUUGAGACUACGCUUGGUGGUGACGGCGUGGGUGUUUUGUGGCCUGCGGUUCUAAAAAACGGCACGGUGGAGGAUGAGGAGGGUGGUAUGGAGAUUGAUCAGGAAAAGUUCCUCAAUGCGCAGGGGAAUGAUGGUGUGGAGAGGCUGGUGGGUGUGCAUGGUGGCAUGCCUGGGGAGAGGGAAGGGUGGAAGUUUUGGAGAGUGGAAAGUAACCCGGAUAUCUAGAAGGGGCUUGUCAUGCAUGCGUAUGGGCGUAUUAUUCGAUUCAUUCACCAUAUGGCCGGUUUUUUUUUUCUUUUCGCUUGCGUAAGGCUUUUAAUGCGACUUUCUAUUAUUAUUUUGGACUAGAGAGGAUUUCUUGAGGUGGUGAUCAACAUGGGCCAUGGGCAGCAGGGAGGGAAGGCAGGCAGGCGGGGAUAGGAGUUAAUGAUUCUGUGGAAAAAAAGGGGGGGGGCUUCAAAAGAAGGGGGCUAUUGUGUAAUGGCGAUACUUUUGCUCGGUUCUGUACUGAUAUACUUGUGGCUGCUAUCACCUUUGAUUCAGGAUUUGGAUGGAUGAUUUAUUAGAACAUUUCUACCUUGUGGUACCAUUUAAUACCUCUGGAUAUUUUACCUCCGGUUUUCGAGCAUCUUACGUAGUAAUUGUUGAAUCAAGAAAAGAGAAAGCCGCAAGCAGCCAGGAUAAUGGAAGAGAAAAUAAAGAAUUUGAUUUGUGUUUUUUUGUUGACUUGAGCUGGUUCUCUUCUUACAAUUGUUGUCUUUGACAUUGGGUUGGGAUUGUUGUCA